UACCUUUUCUUAAUUGUUAAUACUAUUUGAUAUAUGAUUAUAAAUUCUGAUUAACAUCGAAUGUGGUCUUGAUCUAAAUUGUUAUAGAGUAGUUUGGGGGUACCUUUAAUUUAUUUUCGUUUCUAUUAUUACGUUUAAUGGUUUUGAAAGGAACCAUACAAGGUACGCGACCACGUACUACCUCUUAUACCUGUACAGUUGUAUGGUGACCUUCCAAAAAACAAUAGUAUAUAUGACCGACAGUCUUCACGAGCUAGACAGCAGGUAUAAGGAUGCUGAUAGAGGUAAAGAUGGUCGAAACACAUUUGAUACCUCAGAUGACGACGAUAAAGACCACGAUAAAGACCACAGUAAAGAUGACGAUGGAUACGACGAUGAUAUGUACGACACUGGGUUACCUACCGAUGUGGACUUGAUAAACAACCCUACUGAACCAGAUUGGAAGAAAGAUGAAAAGAAGAAACGUGAAGAAGAGCGGGAGAGGAAUAGAGACGAGGAUCGUAGUAAUAAGAUCAGUGUAACAUGGAAUUGGCUUGUUAACUGGACUGUUAUACCAUCUAGAACCACACCGAAGCGAGGUAGGAACAAUGGAACAUGGAACGAGAGUUGGCUUUAUAACUGGACCAUACCACCUAGAACCACACCGAAGCGAGGACGCUGGCCAUUAGACCGAUACGGUUGGGAUGUGGAGCUCUACGAGGGUCAAGUCUUUGGAUGAUAAGUGCCGCCCAUUUUAAAAUGAUUGUGGGAUUUUUUCUGUACAUUGAUAAA